AUGCGGGGGGCGACCGUGGCGCGGCUGCAAGGCGCGCGGAUCGCCGUGGGGCGGGCUAGGGCUCCGUGCGCGCUGCGCACGCCUUCCACCAACCGAGCGAUCCGGCGGCGCGCUCCCGUGGCCGCCGCAUCGCCAGACAACAACUCCCCCGCGGCAACGAAGGAGGAAGAGCCGAAGGAGACGUACGACGUGUACGUGUCCGAGCCGCGCCUCCUCGACGAGGGCGAGCGCAAGCACACCAUCUCGGUGUUCGUGGCGGACGAGCAGGGUCUCAUUAACCGCGUUGCAGGCGUCAUCGCGCGCCGCGGCGCCAACAUCGAGUCGCUGGCGGUCGGCCUGAACCUCGACAAGGCCCUGUUCACGAUCGUCACGACAGGGUCCGACUCCGUGGUGGAGAACCUGUGCCGGCAGAUCCGCAAGCUGGUCAAGGUGCGGUACGUCGAGGACAUCACGGACCGCGAGCGCGUGACACGCGAGCUCCUCAUGGUCAAGGUGGCCGUGACGGGGAUGCAGCAGAAGCAGGAGAUGCUGCACCUGAUCGACGUGUUCCGCGGGCACGUGGUGGACUACACGACGUCGGCGGUGACGGUGUGCGUCACGGGCGACCCGGGGAAGUGCCUGGCCUUCCAAAAGGCGGUGAGUGGGCUGGGUCUGACGGAGGUGGCGCGCACGGGACAGAUCUCGCUCAAGCGCGGCGACCAGCUGCUGGAGAUGGGCGGGUGGGGCGAGGAGGAGAACGACCCGGAGCUCGGCGGGGGCUCCGCGCGGAAGCAGCCCAAGGACGUCAAGCAAACCGAGAAGGACAAAAUAGACAUCUACGAAGGUCCGGCUGGUGGCGACGAGCUGGGGGUGGCGAGCAAGGCGCGCAACAUCCUUGACACGGCGUACGACGCGGAGGGCGCCGCGAAGGCGCACACGCUCUCGAUCCUCGUCCAGGACGUCCCCGGCGUCCUGAACCAGGUCACGGGCGUCAUCGCGCGGCGCGCGUUCAACGUGCAGUCGCUCGCGGUCGGGCACGCGGAGACCCCUGGCCUGUCGCGCAUCACGUGCGUCGUUCCCGCGACCGCGAUGGUCGGCGUCAGCAACCUGAUCAAGCAGCUGGAGAAGCUGGUGUUCGUCGAGCAGAUCACCGACCUGACCGACGCGCCGUACACGUCGCGCGAGCUCAUGCUCUGCAAGGUCAAGUGCGCCCCGAACCAGCGCGUCGAGCUGCGCGAGCUGACGGAGAUCUUCCGGGGGAGCAUCGUCGACGUCGGGCCCACGACGAUCACGAUGGAGCUCGCGGGCCGCGAGACGAAGAUGCGCGCGCUGCAGGAGCUGCUCGAGCCGUACGGCAUCCUGGAGGUGGCGCGCACGGGCCGCGUGGCGCUCGUGCGCGAGAGCGGCGUCGACUCGGGGUACCUGAGCCGGCGCAGCGCGGGCAAGGUGAUGCUCUGA